AAUGUUAGCAGACAGUUAUGAAAGGGUGAGGAGACAAGGAGGAGCAGGGCGGGUCUGUGUAUUUCAUGGAUGAACGAGGACCUUUAUUAACAAUGUGACAGCUUUUUUUUCUUCUUUUUUUUUUUUUACCUCUCCGCCUCCUAGAUAUUCCUUCCCAUCCUCCUGCUCUUUCUUCAUUUCAGUGUUCACUCUGAGUUGGGGGCAUGUGCAAUAUGGUUUAGAACUGCUUUUGGCUGACUUAACAACAGAGAAACCACAGCACAGCCUUUGCUACAAGUGUUUAUAGUGAUGUAUCCUCUCGUGUAAACUCUCACAUCGACUGUUACUCAGAGUUCCUUUCCAUUUUGCAAUAUUGCCUUCACUUUCUGUGGAUUUGCAUCAUCCUCGCUUCUUGAAGAUCUAAAAGUUUCGGACUUCUCUCUCUAGCUGCAACCGCUUAAACUGUAAACUUUCAACCAUGCAGAUGCCAAGGACAUGGAUCACGUUCAUUUGUCUGUGUGGCACAGUUUCAUGUGGACAAAACCUAAACUAUUUGCACGACAUGGAUGCAUACUUGGAAAUGUCUUCAGAGUCACCUGAAUUAAAAACGUCUUCAGAGUCACCUGAAUUAGAAACAGCAGCCGUUCAUCCACCAGGAGUUGAUACAGGUGUGACCUUGUCAGACACAUAUGCUUUAAGUGUUACCCUCCCUGCUGAAGAGAGUAAGGAUGAGCAUCUCCAAAUGGAGGCAGAGGAGGAGAGUGAGCAUCAAGGAGUUGAUUUCAGGAAGCUGAAGGCUGGUAGAAGAAGGAGAGGUGCCUGGGGGAAGAGGAAGCACGCAGCUACAGUGGAGGCCACUGCGUAUCGAAUAGCAGGGUUGGGGCGACCCCUGAUGGGCUGGAGGAAGCGUGGGAGAGGUGAGGAGGAAACCAGUGCUCUAAUGGCUACACUUAAGGAGCUUCAUGCUGAAAAGCAGAGGCUGAUGGAUCAAGGGAAAGCAGAAGAGGAGGAGGAGGAGGAAGAUGAUGAUGAUGACGACGACGACGACGACGAUGACGACGACGACGACGAUGACGAUGAUGAUGAAGAAGAAGAGGAGGUGUGA